AUGUAUUAUGUGAAAAAAUAUGAACAUAAGCUACUUAGCGAUACGCUAAGAUUUUUAGGGUUUACAGUAAAAUGGGGAAUUCACGAAAAUGGAUAUUGGCUAACAAACCUGAACUAUACCUUUGAUUACAUGCUGUCAAAUUUACUUAUAAAAUAUUUUAAGGAAAAAAAAGUUAAGACCGUGAUAGAUGUAGGAUGUGGACAUGGACAUUAUGUGAACGAAUUAAAUUUUCACAAAAUAAAAGCAUUAGGUGUUGAUGGAAAUUUUAAGCUUGUUAAUUUUUUGAAAAAUGAGAAUAUCUACCCACUUGAUGCCACAAAUGAAUACUUUGUAUCAGAUAUACUAAACAAAAAAAACGAUUCUACAAAGAAAGCAGUUGCAAAGGAGAAUUCAUGUUUGGACGUGAACAGAGUCAUAAGAAAAAGUACAGAUAUUGGCCGACGUAUUUUCCAUUUUGAUUACGUACUGUGUUUGAAUGUGGGAGAGUAUAUUCCAAAGAAAAAAGAAGAAACUUUCCUCAAAAACUUAGAUAGACUAAACAGCAAGGGAAUUAUUUUAUCUUGGGAUAUCCCGAACACUUUUAAUAUAGGUACCAUUAAUGAAAAAAGGGAAGAAGAAAUUUUUGAAAUUUUUCUCAGCGUUUAUAACUAUACCUAUGAUGAGAAGACUAGUUCAUUCUUCAGGAAAAACUGCAGCAAUGACGCCCUUAGAAAUUGCAUAUACAUUUUUGAGAAGCGAAUGGGUUAG